AUGUAUUUUUUUUUUUGUUCUUCUUCCAGUUCAUCUGAAAGUGAAGGCGAAGAAUAUUUUUUUUUUUUAUCUUUCGAAUGUGGCAGUGUUGUUCCGUGUGACGAGGAUCUUUUUUUUUUAGCCACCGAAGAAGAGGCUGCAGAACAAGAAGCAAGAAUGGUUUUUUUUUCCGAAGCAGAGCGCGAAUACCGAGCGAGAUUAACUCGUCAAGUUUUUUUUUCUGUAUGGUGCGUUUUUUCUAACUGUUCUCCCGAGUUCGCAAGGAAAGCAGAAGAAUGUUUUUUUUUUCAGGAAAUCGAUCGUUGUGGGGAGGUUAUGGAAGAGUUUGGUUUUUUUUUGAAGUGCAUCACACUUCAUCCAGGGUUUCAAGAUGUUUGCCUUUUUUUUUUCGUCUUACAAGUUGCUGCGUUGAAUCUUAAGACGAGAUCUGGUUUUUUUUUUAGAACAAUAUACACUCAUGGUCGAAGAACGGAAGCAGAGUUCCUGAGGUCAGUGGCUUACCGGAAGUUUACCAGGCUACUCUGGGAUUAUAUUGGUAGCUCGAGGCGUUAUCCACUACCCUUCCGAAAGGCUCCAACUAGUGCCACCUCUUUUGGCCGCACUCGGCCAUUUUUGAAUUGA